UGCGGAGCGGGGCGCAAAUUCGGAGGGGGAUAACCGCUCCUCGCCCUCGCGCGCCGGGACGCGCUCGCCGGGCUCGGCCACCUCCCGCGGCCGGCCGCCGGCCCUUCCAUCCCCAUGGCCCGCUAGGCGAGGGCGCGGGAGGGCGAUGGGGGACCGGAUCCGGCUCAGCUCCUCGCUGCUGCUGGAGCAGCGCGCCUGGCAGGUCAUCCUAGACCGGGAGGGCUUGGAGUGGAGCCAGCCCCAGCCGCCCUCGGCCCGCGGAGAAGAGAGCUUUUCAGUGCCCACCUCUGAGAUUAUUGCCGUGGAGGAAACAGAAAUUGAUGAGAAACAAUCUAACCGUCGAAAAUGGAGAAAAAUGUCAAAACGGCAUGCUUUCACAGUGUAUUACAUGAAAAGGAAACGGCCUCACUGCUGGCGGUGCAAGGAAGCAACGUUUUGGUGCGUUGAUGAGCAGCUUUGUAAUCAGUGGAUACAGGCACUAAAAGAAUUAAUCGACUCGCAGACCUCUAGACCGAAGCGCUUGCUUGUAUAUAUUAAUCCAUUUAGUGGGAAAAAACAAGGGCAGAGGAUAUACGAACAAAAAGUUGCUCCACUGUUUAGUCUGGCUUCCAUCUCCACGGAAGUUGUCGUUACUGAACAUGCAAAUCAUGCUAAGGAUAAUUUGUCUGAAGUUAAUCUAGCGAACUAUGAUGGUAUUGUUUGUGUUGGUGGGGACGGAAUGUUCAGUGACGUGAUGCAUGGUCUGAUUGGAAGAACGCAGAAGGAUUCUGGCGUAGAUCAAAAUGAUCCCACAGCGCCAUUAGUCCCAUGCAAAACAAGGAUUGGCAUAAUCCCUGCCGGUUCAACAGACUGCAUAUGCUAUGCAACAGUUGGCAUCAAUGAUCCGGUAACAUCAGCAUUACAUAUCAUUUUGGGGGACAGUCAACCUCUGGAUGUCUCUUCAGUACAUCGCAAUAAAACAUUUCUGAAGUACUUUGUGUCACUACUGGGGUAUGGAUUUUAUGGAGAUGUAUUGAAAGACAGCGAAGAGAAGCGCUGGAUGGGGUCUGUCCGAUACGACUUUGCAGGUUUCAAGACUUUCCUUUCCCACCAUUACUAUGAGGGCACGGUAUCCUUUCUUCCGGCAACACAUACGAUGGGAUGCCCAAGAGACGGAAGAUCCUGCAAAACUAAGUGCCGCGUUUGCAAGCAAAGCAAGCGACAGCUGGAGCAGCUUCAGAAGUUUGAAAAAGACCGACACGGGUAUGACAGAAGAAAUCAAUGGCAUGUUAUUAGAGGAAAGUUCUUAGCCAUCAAUGCGGCCAAUAUGAGUUGUGCCUGCCCGCGGAGUCCGAAAGGCCUUUCCCCAUCUGCUCAUUUGGCAGAUGGCUGCGCAGACCUCAUUCUUGUCCACAAAUGCUCCCGAUUCAAUUUUCUGAGGUACCUCAUAAGACAUACUAACGAGGAUGAUCAGUUUAACUUCACCUUUGUAGAGGUUUAUCGGAUCAGGAAGUUUCAUUUUACAUCACAGCAGUUGGAAGACAGCGAUGACAUCCACAACAUGCAAAAGAAGCACUUUGGGCGGUUCUGCAGCGACCAGCCCACUUGCUGUUGCACCUUUUCUGGCAGCACCUGGAACUGUGAUGGGGAGACACUGGAAAGUCCAGCGAUCCAAGUCGAGGUUCACUGUCAAUUAAUCAAACUCUUUGCAAGAGGAAUAGAGCCCCCCUCAAAAUAUGAAGAAUCACCCUCUAUGGUACAAGAUCGAUCUUACGUGGGACGUCUGUAAUAACUCUCCAUGAAAACUAAGCAACGGAAGGCAACCGCCUGGAGAAACAAGCAUUUCGGGCAGGAAAAUAAACAUUUUCAAACUGGAUACUUUUUUGUGGUUAAAUUUUAAUUUUGGUAAAUGCUUGUUUUGAGUGGGUACCUUUAAAAGCAUUUAUUUUUGUGAAUAAGGCCAUUAUUUUAGAAUAAUUUAACAUGAGUUAAAUUAUGGUGGGAAGAAGAACUGGUUUACCUUUUUAGAACACCUGAUUGUGCAUUCUUGAAGAGUGAAUUCCAUGGAUGGAGUGCAAAGACAAGGUGCAAAACAAGUGGCAUGAAGUUCCAUAGAAAUUUAGCCACUACGUUUCAGCGUGCUGCAUAUUUAUACCCUGGAUGUCAUUGUUGAAAUUGCUUCCUUUGUACUAUCAUCUUGGGAACUGGUCAAAGCCAGAUUUUUAAAGCUUCUAUUAUAUUAGCCAUUUGCGACUACAGUACUCAAAAGUAGCAAUGUUCUUGUGUCUUCGUCGACUCCAGUGUCCCCUUAAAUUAUAGUGAAAUCAUUCAGUGUGAUGGUAUUUUGCAACUUAUCAAUGCAAUUCAAACACACACAUUCCUGGCUUUAAGUAAUAACCUAGAGUUUAUAUUUAUAUAUAUUUUAGUAAUUUCAAGAGGCACGACUUCAUAUGAAAACCAUGUUAUUGCUCUAGAAACUCCUCUGCUCUUUGUAAUCCUUAAGAAACUGUAAAAGUUUACCUGAAACUGUAUGUCUACAGGAAGCACAAAUAUGCUAAAGCCGCUCAGGAUGCCUAUUCUACGAUAUCUAAGAAGGGAGCAGAGACAGAAAUUCCAGUUCACCAGCACCUCCUUGAGAUGUUUUCCGUUCACCUGAAAUGUUUUUCAAAGCCACUUUAUAAAAUCAGCAGGAUUGGCUAAAAUUUUCCUGACCUCCAUUUUAGGUUGCAGCUGACCAGACAAAUAUUUGAAUGCUGCCUCUCCCCCCCCCCCCCACAACACUUUAUAGAAAUCUAGCACAUCGGGAAGGUUAGGCUUCUCCCUGAUGUGCUAGGUUUCUAUGAGCAGGGAGUGUUUUCCAAUGGGAUCAUUCAGUUAUCCUGCCUUCAGCCUGAAGUGGGCCAGUCUUAAGAGUGGUGAUAGCAUUAACAAACUCCAAGAGAAUGUGGCAUCCUUCUAGGAUAUCCCUCAUCGCCAGAAUCUCUUCGUAAGGACAGAUGGAUAGAAUGUGGAGACUGUCAGCAAUGUGGCUGGCAGACAUUGUUUUUGGUAUUUAGCAGGGCUUUUUUUCUGGGAAAUGAGGUGGCGGAACUCAGUGGGUUGCCCUCGGAGAAAAUGGUCACAUGGCUGGUGGCCCCGCCCCCUGAUCUCCAGACAGAGGGGAGUUGAAAUUGCCCUCCGGCCGCCCUCCACGACCAUUUUCAAGACGUUCCGGAACUCCAUUCCACCGCAUUUCCGCUGAAAAAAAGCCCUGGUAUUUAGUAACUACUGAAAUCAAGUUGUAGAUUGUAUUUAUUUUGAUGUGUGGAUGUUCUGGGUUGCAGUUGACAUUGGAUAACUCACAGGUAUGCUUUGCAUGUUAUUUGCUGAUACAGCAAAAGAAAAAAAGUCGAAUGAUAUCAGAAAUGUGUGUGAGAUUUUUUUUUGUGUAAUUUAUAAGGGGCGGGGGAGAUUUUUUGGAGUUUGGACCAAGUUCUGUCAUUUUAACUUGCUUUGGAAAGAAAUCAACUUGGUACAAUUUGUCCAUUCCAUCCCCCCUUUAUGCUUUUAUUAAGAAUAUCAUAUUUUCCAAAUAUAGCAAUCCCAUGUCCUAUUGUCCUAUUGAACUCAACAGGAUGUAAAAUUUGGGAAUAAAUGCCUAAGACUGCA